AGCAGCGUCGCGCCUGCAGCCGUCGUCGCUUCGGUGCUGCGGAGGGCCCCUACCGGCACUAUGCUGCCCUCCGCCCUCGGCCUCCUGCUGCUCCUCGCCUGCUUCGGCGCCGCCCGGGGAAACCUCUCCCGCGACGAGAGCCAGCCCACGACAUCAGAUGAGACUGUGGUGGCCGGUGGUACAGUGGUGCUCAAGUGCCAGGUGGAGGAUCCCGAUGACUCCUCACUGCAGUGGUCCAACCCUGCCCAGCAGACACUCUACUUUGGGGAGAAACGAGCACUGCGAGAUAACAGGAUCCAGCUGGAGAGGUCCACACCCAACGAGCUGACCAUCAGCAUCAGUGAUGUGGUACUGUCAGAUGAGGGGGAAUACACCUGCUCUAUCUUCACCAUGCCUGUGAGGACUGCAAAGGCCCUGGUCACUGUGCUGGGAAUCCCCCAAAAACCCCAAAUCUUUGGCCAUGAGCAGCCUAUUGAUGAAGAGAAGAUAGCCCGGCUGACCUGCCGAUCCUCUGGCAGCAAGCCAGCUGCCCAGCUCCGGUGGAAGAAGGGCAAUAAGGAGCUGAAGGACGAGGGCACUGAAGUGGUGGAGGACCCCAAUGGAAAGACCUUCACUGUGAGCAGUCGAGUGGAGUUCCGUGUCACCAAGGAGGACAACGAAGCUGAGGUGACCUGCACUGUGGAUCAUGAGUCCCUGCAGAACUCCGAGAGGUCCACCACGCAGAAGCUGCAGGUUCACUACAAGCCAACAGCGAAGAUCGAGCCGCAUCCCCAGUACCCACGGGAAGGCGAGAAGCUCCAGCUGCAAUGUGACGGGCAGGGCAACCCCAUCCCCCAGGAGUUCCUGUGGCAGAAGGAGGGCAGUGACUCACCACUGCAGCUGAGCUCCGACAGCAUCCUUAUCUUCCCCUUCCUCAACAAGAGCGACAGUGGCACCUACGUCUGCACAGCCACCAGCUCCAUGGGCAGCGUCGUGGCCAAGUACAACCUCGAUGUUAGCGAUCUUCCCCAGCUCCCUACCCCAUAUGUUCACUCCACUUCAGUCCCUCCGCCAGGCCCUUCCCAGCCCAUCUCUCAUGCUUCCAUGGCCACCGCUUCAUCCACUCCCAUCCAAGAUGCCAGCCCGGUGCUCUCAACCUCCAGCACAUACCAUGCCGUGAUUGGUGGGGUGGUUGCCGUCAUUGUCUUCCUCCUGCUCAGUCUUCUCAUCGUGUUGGGACACUACCUGAUCAGACACAAAGGUAUGUGCAUAAGACACGGGGAGACGGUCACAUCCAGACAUCGGCAAAACCCAGCAGAGGUGAUGUGCACCUACCUGACCCACGAGGCCAAGGGGUCAGAUGAUGCCCCAGAUGCUGACACUGCCAUCAUCAAUGCAGAGGGCGGCCAAACUGGCGGUGAUGACAAGAAGGAGUAUUUCAUCUAGGGGUGUCGGAGAGAGUGAGAAAUGGAGCCAACAGACCCCAAUGGAAAUGGAAACCAGACCACAAACCCCACUCAACUCAACAGAUUUUUCUCUUGCGCCUGGGACGGGCAGGCAGAUAGAGGGAUGGCAGGACAGAGAGCAGAGAGUGACCAGCCUGAGACAUGAUGUUUCUUCUUGAACUUGUACAAAACGUUAUUACUAUGAACAGUGAAAGCCCUGGCCCUGUUUGCUUGCUUGCACCUCCAUCCCUGCAACUGGCGCUCGCGCAAAACACAGACCAACCAGUGAGUGAGCGACUUUCCUUCUUCAUUUGGACCUUUGCUUUGGUUUUGUGGCUGCUCUUUGCUUUGGGCCCUUGGUUGGGAUGUUGGGCUGGGGUCAAUGUAGCUAUUUCCUUUGUUUCUCACCAUUUUGGUUUCUUUGACAUCCAAGGAUAAAAUCAGCUCCAGGUGCUGGUGCAAGCUUGGGGCAGCUGUGUGGCCCCUCUCUCACGAAUGCUCCCCUGUGCCUCCCAUUGAGUGGCAGGAACCAUGAUCCCAUUGCUCCCCCACAGCCUCAGCAGCAGCGACAGGGAGCGUGGCUAGCAGACAGGAGCGGGAUGCUGAUAGGCAGUGUCCUAAGGUCUUGGCACAUGGCUGGGGUUGAGCAGGGAGGGACCUCAGGCCCCUACCAUGAUUUUAUCCUUGGUGGUUCUUGUCGAACAGUGUCCAUUUGGGAGGAAAGCUGUCCUCGUGUGGUAAAUGUGUGAAAGGGGGGGUGAGCUUCCAGGGUGGGAACUGCUGAAGCCCCCAGAGAACUGGAGCUGCAAGGCACUGCAGCUCCCUGGUCCCACCCGAGUGGCAGGGGGGAGGGCAGAGGCCUGGGGGUGAAUCCAGAGAAAAAACCCGAACUUUACAAAUCCUUAGAUUGGAAAUGUCAAAACCAUCUAUUGAGAUGUUCAGUGCAGGAAGCCACCUGUGCUGGGAGUGCAGGGCAGAACCAGGAGAGCUGGUGGUUCUGCAGCCAUCGCCACUUCCCUUCUCACCACGCUGUCUCUGUGGCCUGUUGGGCCUCUGGAAAGACAGUUUAGAGCCUGAGGCUUAAACCAGAGCUGACAUAGCUUGUGGCACCACAGGAGGUGAGCUGGAGAUGGCCUGCUUCCCCAGCGCAGGCACUGCAGAGCAGCAUAAGGCCUAGGAUUCCUCUGGCAAAGGAGAUGUGCAGAGAGGCGCUCCACCAGGGUUUGCUUCUUGGAACUGUCUGUCCCCCUACCCCCCCAGCAGUUUACCAGGGCAGGUGUGAGCUUGGAGCAGGCCGUUUCUUUCUUGGCUCCAAGAGCUGCAGCCAACCACGGCCGAUGUGGCUGGGUUUAGUAUCUUGGUAGUUUGAGGGUUUCCAAGGAGGCUUGCUUGAACUUGCCCUACCUCCUACCUAUUUCACUGUCUCUUCCAAGACAAAACCAAGAAGCUUUCCCAAGCUCUCUGACACGUUCCCAGGGUUCACAUGGCCCACCCAACCACAUCCACAGGAUGGGGCUGUAGGGGACUACACACUCCAGCAUCUGCAGGACACCCCAUGCCCCCCAGUGAGCCAGGUCCCAUCCCUUGCCCUUGGGAUGAGGUGGUCUGGACACAGAGGGUUUGCAGCAGCCACCCUUUGGCUGAGCACCCCUUCAAUUUUGGGUUGUAGGAGGAGAGCCCUUGGAGGUGAGAGCUUAUGUCUUCUGCUGUGGGGCACCAGGUGCCUGUGGGGCAGGUAGUGUCACUCCCAUUCAGAUCCUGCAAGCACAUGGCACAAGAAGGAUGCUGGCAGGGCAAGCAGGACUGGAAGGGGGCUGAGGCCAAGCAGACAAGGAGACGCAUGGCUCAGUGGCAGGCACAGGAUGUGAAUGAGUGAUGCAUUUGUGGCACGUGCACAGACAUGACUAGGUUGACCAUGGCUAUAUCGUGUCAGGAGCAUGUGGGCAGAAGGGUGUUAGCACCUGGAGAGAGAAGUGCAUGAAGCCUUUGUUGUACAUGGCAAAGAAAACCUGUGGUUGUUCUUCCCAUCUCUUUGGAGGAGGAUUUUGGCCUGAAGUCCCAGAAGUAGCUCUGAGCUUAUUUUGAGGGAUGCAGCUGUUGCUGCCAGAGGUAACGCUGCAGAUAUUGAUGCUGUUAACUACUCCACGGCACACUGAGCACAUGUGAAUGUGUGACCUGAUGCUUUGCUGAAGAUCUCUAACAUCUACUAGUGAAUAGAUGUAAUUCCUUCAAAUAAAAAUGCAAGGACAAGUUUUCAACUACAAUGUAAUGUCAUUGUAAGUCUACAUGCUGUAGAUGGUUACAGAGAGAGCCCCAACCUGGGGGUCUGGGAGGGUUGGGGGUUAACUGGUCCCUAGGGAAAGAGAAGUGGCAAUAGAGGUCAGGGAGGUUUGUGUGCCUCUGAGGUAGUGUGGCCAUGGCCACUUUCUCCCUAACACUCCUGCUCCAGAGCUGCUUUUUGGGCUGGUGCCAGUGGUCACCACUUUACCCUGGUGAGGGAAGUCAGGGUUUGGCCUUUUUGAGAUGUUGCAUGGUGUUGGAAGUGGAAGGAUAGGGCAUGGGCAAGGCACUGGGACAGGAGCUGCUGCCUGUGGCAGACAUCGGCAAAGGAUGGGCCAAGUGUCACCCCCAGGUGGACCUGUUGUCCUGCUACAGCCACCACUAGAGGCUGAGUUAUGACCCUAGGCACCACAGGUCCUGGAAGUGGUGGGAGCUUAGCCAUGAGGCUGUGUUGGCAAGCAAGAGCCAAAGGGCUUUGGUAGAUGCAGGGGGGAUGUAGACCCCAUGUCAUGUGUGAGAGAUGGCAUAUACCAAGUCACAUGUAAGAAGAGGGAAAUGCUGCAGAAUGAGCACGAGGGUGAUGGAGACACUGUCAUGAGGCUGCAAUGGGGCAUGUCAAGGUGUGGGAGGGUGCGAUGAUGGUGCACCUGUGUUGCCCAGGGGAAGUGUGAUGGGACACACCAUGUCAUGAAUAUGAUGGAGAAAUGACUUUGUGAGUCCAUGUUACGGGUGUGAAGAGGAACAGGUACACAGCCAGGAGUAGGGCCAUGAUAGAUGUUGGUUGUGAGCGGCACCACAUGUGUUGGGGUGAUGGGUGCACACUGCUGUGCCUGGUGCUGCCCUGUGCUGGGUCAGGACUGUUGAGGAAGGUUGGCUACACCAUGUCAUAAGGACAAAGGGUGAUCUGGGUUGUGUGAAGGGGUGAGAAGCUACAUUUUUAUGCUAGUGUGGGGGUGACCUGAGGGACAUACUGUCAUGGAAGAGAGGACACCAGGCUCGUGUCCCUCCCUGCUAGCACCAGCAAAGCUGGGCACUGUCAUUCUGUGGCUGGGAGAGCCCAGGGCACUAGCCACUGCCUCGGGACUGUCAGGGGGUCUUUACUGGCCAUGUGGGCAGGGGACCUCCAGUCUCAUAUCCACCCUGUGCCACCACAGUCACCCAUGCUAGGCCCAGCACACCUGAACUGGGACACUGCUAGGGCCAGCAUAGGGGCAGUGAGGAGAUUUCAGGACCCUGUGGCCUGUUUAUGGCCAGGCCUGUUCACUCCCACUUGCCAGCCCUGACAAAGUUCUGGCCACUUCCCAGCGGCAAUGAACUCUCAAUAGACAUGAAAGCCAUAUUUGUAGGGAGCUCUGGAGAUGCCGAGGGGCAACAGUGGGGCAGGGCAGAGGAUGGUCUGUGUUGUGCUGUGUUCUUGUAUGUACAUAAAAGGGAGACAACGAAUGUUGAUGUGACUUUAUAACCUUUCUAAUAUCCUGUGCUAAUCUCAGAAAAUAAUCCUAUAAAUAUAUCUGGAUUACACACA